UCCUGCCCUCGCCCCAUCUCCGUCCGGGGUCAGUCAGUCGCUCGCUGUCGCUGCCGGAGAGUCUCUGCUUCCCCCUUCCUACCCGCUCCGCGGCGGUAGCGCAGGCUCUUCUGGGAGGGGGAGACAGAGAAAGAGAGGGACUGACUUAAUAAAGUUUCCUGAAACAACUACUACUACCAAAAAAGGCCCCAGGAGGGGGGAGACCCCCAUUCUUCUUCGCCCCUCUCCAAAAGCCUGAGGGACCGUUGCAGGUGGAGCGGCGCUGGGGGGAGCCGGGCUUCGGCGGCAGCCGUUGCCCGGGUGAGGGGCGCCUCUGGGCCAGCCCGCUCCGGUUCCGGCUUCCUCGGAGGCGGCGGCGGCUGCUGCGGGGCGGUUCCUCCUGUCAACUGCCUGCACCCGCGCGCCGCCCGCUCGCCGGCUCCACAGCGCGGAGGGACGCCGUGAGUCGCCGCAGCCGUCGCCUCGGCUCGCGGAGGGACGUGGUGAGCUGUGGCGCUUCCGCGUCAGCGGCGGCGGGGACUCUUUGGGAGCGCGUCGGGCCGGAACCCCAGUUCCCUUCGCGUGGUCCGCGGAGGCCGCGCCAGGUGGGGCCCGAAGCCGCCUCCCACGCCAGGCUGUCCUGCGGCCGCCCGGCCUUCCUUCCUUCCGCCUGCCCGCCGGCCCGCCCUAGGAGUUAACCAAGCCGCAAUGAAGAGCUUCUUACAGUAAAAGGAAAGUAGGUCGCGCCCACUGAAAAUGCCUUUGAGGGACAAAUACUGUCAGACUGACCACCAUCAUCACGGAUGCUGUGAACCAGUUUAUAUCCUGGAACCCGGAGAUGCUCCUUUGUUACAGCAACCACUACAGACAUCCAAAUCUGGUAUUCAGCAAAUAAUUGAGUGCUUUCGAUCAGGAACUAAACAACUUAAGCAUAUUUUAUUAAAAGAUGUGGACACUAUUUUUGAAUGUAAAUUAUGCCGCAGUCUCUUCAGAGGAUUACCAAAUUUAAUUACCCAUAAAAAAUUCUAUUGCCCACCAAGUCUCCAGAUGGAUGACAACCUUCCUGAUGUAAAUGAUAAACAAAGCCAAGCCAUAAACGAUCUACUAGAAGCCAUAUAUCCAAGUGUGGACAAGCGAGAAUAUAUUAUUAAGCUAGAACCCAUAGAAACUAAUCAGAAUGCAGUGUUUCAAUAUAUUUCAAGGACUGAUAAUCCUACUGAAGUCACAGAGUCAAGCAGUACUCCAGAACAAAGCGAAGUUCAAAUACAGGAAACUAGCACUGAACAGUCUAAAACAGUACCAGUUACAGAUACGGAAGUGGAAACUGUAGAGCCCCCUCCUGUUGAGAUUGUUGCAGAUGAAGUUGCACCUACAUCUGAUGAACAACCUCAGGAAUCACAGGCUGACUUGGAAACUUCUGACAAUUCUGAUUUUGGUCACCAGUUGAUAUGCUGUCUUUGUAGAAAAGAAUUCAAUUCCAGACGAGGUGUUCGUCGUCACAUUCGAAAAGUACAUAAGAAAAAGAUGGAAGAACUAAAAAAGUACAUUGAAACACGAAAGAAUCCAAACCAAUCCUCUAAAGGACGCAGUAAGAAUGUUCUAGUUCCAUUAAGUAGGAGUUGUCCAGUAUGUUGUAAAUCAUUUGCUACAAAAGCGAAUGUAAGAAGGCAUUUUGAUGAAGUUCAUAGAGGACUAAGGAGGGAUUCAAUUACUCCUGAUAUAGCAACAAAGCCUGGGCAACCUUUGUUCCUGGAUUCUGUUCCUCCUAAAAAAUCUUUUAAGACUCGAAAACAAAAGUCGUCUUCAAAGGCUGAAUACAAUUUAACUGCAUGCAAAUGCCUCCUUUGCAAGAGGAAAUAUAGUUCACAAAUAAUGCUUAAAAGACAUAUGCAAAUUGUCCACAAGAUAACUCUUUCUGGAACAAACUCUAAAAGAGAGAAAGGCCCUAAUAAUACUGCCAGCAGUUCAGAAAUAAAAGUUAAAGUUGAACCAGCAGAUUCUGUAGAAUCUUCACCCCCUUCCAUUACCCUUUCUCCACAGAAUGAAUUAAAGGGAACAAAUCAUUCAAAUGAAAAAAAGAACACACCGGCAGCACAGAAAAAUAAAGUUAAACAAGACUCUGAAAGCCCUAAAUCAACUAGUCCGUCUGCUGCAGGUGGCCAGCAAAAAACCAGGAAACCAAAACUUUCAGCUGGCUUUGACUUUAAGCAACUUUACUGUAAACUUUGUAAACGUCAGUUUACUUCCAAACAGAACUUGACUAAACACAUUGAGUUGCACACAGAUGGGAAUAACAUUUAUGUUAAAUUCUACAAGUGUCCUCUUUGCACUUACGAAACUCGUCGGAAGCGUGAUGUGAUACGACAUAUAACUGUGGUUCAUAAAAAGUCAUCCCGCUAUCUUGGGAAAAUAACAGCCAGUUUGGAGAUCAGAGCUAUAAAAAAGCCCAUUGAUUUUGUUCUAAAUAAAGUGGCUAAAAGAGGCCCUUCGAGGGAUGAAGCAAAACACAGUGAUUCAAAACAUGAUGGCACUUCUAACUCUCCCAGUAAAAAGUAUGAAGUAGCUGACGUUGGUAUUGAAGUAAAAGUCACAAAAAACUUUUCUCUUCACAGAUGCAAUAAAUGUGGAAAGGCAUUUGCCAAAAAGACUUAUCUUGAACAUCAUAAGAAAACUCAUAAGGCAAAUGCUUCCAAUUCACCUGAAGGAAACAAAACCAAAGGCCGAAGUACAAGAUCUAAGGCUCUUGUCUGAUAACUUCAAGUGAUGUACGAAAAGGUUUGGAGUUCAUUUUUGUGGAAAGACUUUAAAUUGGUGUUAGAACCACUAAACGUCUUCAAAUGGUACUAUGAGGAAAAAAAAGAAAAACAUUUUCAUAAAUAUUCGACUGUAACUGCUGUUUUCUGACUAAAAUAAUAACCAUCUAACCACUUGUUUCAAAGGCACUGCCUUUCCCAGCACUUUCAAGUACCUGUGACGUUAUAUAUUGUCAUCACAGCCCAUCAGCUAACCACCCUUGACCUUGUGCAUUUGGUCUACAGUUUCUAUAAAAAUGUUGCAAAUUUUGUUUUCCAAACAAUUUGUUGAUUAAAGUGAUCAACAACCUGAAGAAAAUAUCACCACUGGUGAUUUUUAAUUGACAAGACUUGAUAUCUUAAUGAUUUUAGUUUUGUUCCACUUUAUUUGGCAAAAUUUUUAUCUGAAUUGUAUAGAUAUAUGAUUUCCUAGUGAGUGUAUGUUAGGAGUAAAAGACAAAUUAGUAUCAAUACAUUAUAUAUAUUUAGCCUACUAAAUAUUUGUAAUUAUUUUUAAAUCCAUUUAUUUCUAACUUGUUCUCCAGCACUUAAAUGUUUGAAAGUUUCAUUCUAAAAUAUAUACUUCAGGAAAGUUCUAGUUCAUUUUCGUCCAUGGAUCAUUACAUUUUUCAUUUGUAAACAUCUGAGGUUUUUAUGAAAAUUAAACAUUCCCCUAUUUUUCUUUAAAUUUUAUACAAAGCACUUUAAUGAUAGAGGCAACUUAACUUUUCAGUUUCUAUUGUUUUUUAAAGACCACACAUUUACUAAUGUUAUAUGAAGGUAGUAAGUAGCUUACUGAUAUUUUUAUGGGUGCAGACAAUCCAUGCACAACCACUUCUUAUGAUACUAGUUUAUUUCUUUAAAUAUUGCUAAAAAAAGGAAGAUAGGGGUGUAAAUCCUGACUUUUUUCCCUCCCAAGUAAAGUCUUAAAUGACCACUUUAGAUAAUAUUUGAUUCCUACUGUAAAAUUUGGAAAAUAAUGAAUUCUUGUCCAUUUUUAUAAUCAAGAUUUUAGGAAAAACAGAAGUACAUCUAUCUUUAUGAAAUUUUGGACAGGUUUUUGUGUAUCAAUAUUUUGUACUUUUUAGGGAAUAUUUUAUUUUUUAGUAAUUUUUGUCAAAUUAUAAUUUUAAAAGGUACAGCAGAGACUAUACCAUGUUUUUAUAUAGGUUCACACCUGUACUUAGGAGGGACCCUGUCCAUCUAUACACUUUUUGUACAAAACUUAAAAAUGUUGAAGAUCCACAAGGUCAUAAUAAAAUGCUUCUAUAGCUAGAAAAACAUUUACCCUUCCCAGUGCUUUGCACUAAAAUAUACUGUGAAAGGAAACUAGAAAGACUGUAACUGUUGCUGGAAAUGUUCUAUAUUGAAUGUACAUGCUCUUGUUGGAAAAUGUACUUUAUGUGAUGGAAAUAAACCAGACUCGGGAGUUAUUUCAGCUAAAUGUGCUGAACCAAGGUGCAUUGGUUGAAACUUAAAUGUUUUAUUAUCAAAUUUAAAUUUAUUCAGUGACCGAGCAGCUACACUUGAAUUUUAUCCUGAUAGUUUUAUUUUUAAGAAUUAGAGUGAUAAUUUCUCUUUAAUUUAAAAACAGAUUUACUUUUCCACAUAUGGAAAACUUGUACUUAUAGGUCUAACUUUAAUGAUUAAUAGUGUAAUAUAUUUAGGGAACUAAAUGUGUAGGUGGUAUUUCAUUUAUAAACCAUCUUCAUUAGUUGCACAUUAUUAAACCUGUAUGUUUGACUUUUGCAAGGUGUUAUCUUUUAUGCAUUCCAACACACAAGACAUAUUCCAAAGAUACUUUCCAGACUUAAAUACCUGUAACCAGUGAAAAGAUACAAGGAUUCCUAAAAAGCUUGGGCUAGCUCUUCGCUACAGCUUCUCAUCUGUAUGCAGCCUUUUCCUCUCCGCUUUAUUUGUUCAGUACUAUUGGGAAGAAAGAGAAAUAUAGCCUGAUGUUGGUAGAGGGGAGCCCAACUGCUGGAAUUUCCUACUCAACUGUUUACACAUCUUCUCUGUCAUAACUCCAGGGCCACAGAACAGAAAUUUAGAAGGAGGAAUAGGGAGUUCAAAGACUGUCAAAAAUUAGUAUCUGGGUUAUUGAGAAAAAAAUAGCACUGUGUCAGGACGGGGGUAAAUUAGAAGGGCCUGGAGAGAUUAGGAAUAUUUUAUCAUAAUAGUCAAAGUAAUGGAUCAUGGAGACACAGGUGUUAGAGGCUGAACUGGGACCAGUUUAGAAAGGUAGAAGGACCAAGUAAGAAGUGUUCAGAAAUUCUUUGUUCUUAUUUCUUUCUGGUCUUCAUUCUUAGCUUUUUGGUUUUAUUUUGAUUCUUGAGUGCCGUCAUCUCAGAGGCUGAGGCUUGAGGGUCUUAAGAAGAGGCCCAGGAAAUUUGUGUCAGAAGCUUUUCUACAUGUAGGCUAUAUAAGCUAAUAUUAAUAGCGCUUGUUGUUGUUGGGAGGAAUAGUUAAGCAGGUAAAGAACCAUCAGAAACUGCUCACAUUAAGACUGAUCUCUGGUGAAAGGAUUAUAUCCUGUGCUGCUAUUUGAUCAUUUAAGAGUUUUUCUGUAGAAUUCAACUCAUCUUUUUUCCUGAAGACACCUUCCAUUCCUAUGUGAAGUGGAAGAGGAGAAACAAUAAAAGGUAUGGCUUGCACUUCAACUUCCUAAGUUUAGGUAGUGUAAGUAGAACUGGAGGAGGUAUAGCUGACACUGGGCAGGUAUUCAUUAGAAUAUGCAGAUGUACCUUGAAAGCACAAUGACCACUUUAUGGUGGUGGUGUUCACAUCUCUUAUUUUUCUUCUUUACUCCCUACUUCAAGAAGAAAACCUUAAAGAAUAUAUAUGUAUAUGUUCUUGAAGAAUAUAUAAAUUACCCAUCCUUAAGUUUUAGCCUAGUUUUGCAUAUAAGAGGUAGGUUUUGACACCGAUUGCUUGCAUUGUUUAAAAAGUACCUUCACAGUUUUUUGGGAAUAUGUGUUUCUUAUAUCGCUUUAUGGUCAAUAGGCUCUUCUACUCAAUUUACUUUAAGGAGCCUAUGGAUGCAGUAGUAGGGAGUUCUGUGGCUUUGCUAAGGCUUGAGGAUGUGGGUCUACAAAGAGGAGUUUCCCAGUAGGUGUUAAUGGCAACUAGGACUGGAGAUGGAGAGGCACAAGUGGAUAUCAUUUCCUGUCGUGAAAUUGCGAAAGAUCUCUUUCAGAUAGCAUGACCACUGAAGAUGAGACAGAAAUGCUUCUAAAACUAUAGAUGAGGUCUCCUGCAGGGGCCUAAGGAAAUAAUCUGCAUCCUUAGUUAGGAGUUACUUUCUAAUGGGAUCCAUAGAUAAAACCAGGAUUAUGAUUUAGCCAUGGCUCUCAUAGCUGAUCUGAAGCUGAGCUCUAAGAUGUGCCGCAUGAUCUCGGCUGUGGGAUAGACAAAAUCCUUCUGUACUCUAUGCUAUUCUUUCCCUCUUUUCUGACUUGAAGAGCUAAUAGAAACCUCAUGAUUGAAAAGGAGUAAGGAUCAGCAAUCUUAAGAACUGCUAUUAGUUUGGUUUCUAAGUCAUGAGGCACAUGGUAGAAUGCAGAAUAAAACAUGUUUCACUUAAACUCACAAUUAUUUUGGCUUUUCUGACUUUCCAAAUUUGCUUCUCCUCCCGUAUAACUUAUUUCUGCAUCCUUUUCCUCUGACCUCUGUUCUGAGCUUCCAGCUCUUAUCUUUCCUAUUUUGUCUUCUGGUUAAUUAACAGAGAUCAUCAGUAUCGAUAUAGGUAAAACUUUUUAGCUAAAUGGUAAGAGGGUGGAAAGUCAGCUCAUUUGUUCCUGAAUCUUAAUACUCUGCCUUCUGUUUGUCGGGUUUGUUAUUUAUUUCUAAGCUUCUUCCUCUGCAUGUAUUCACCACUACCGCAGACCAAGCAGAGGGGAACGUAGGUACAUCUGGUUGGGAAAAUGCCCAAAGUUGGAGGUUUUGCUGUUUGUGCCCAUUCAGCAGAAUUAAUUUGCGUGAUUGUGUAUUUUUGAAGUCAGGGACUAUGUCUUGAUAAUUCUGUUUAGUGCCGAGCACAUUUUGAUGUAUACCCAGGCACUUUAAAUAAAUGUUUGAUAAUGAUAUAAAGUAAGUAGUAGCCUUUUCCAUCUCAACACUGUGCUGUCACAUACUUUGAGACUUUGGGUCUACAUUUCAUAAACUUUUAUUAUCUCAAUAUUGAUAGCUUUCACAUUUUAGAAAAUGCCACCAGUACUAAAAUGAGAGUUUAUGAUAAAGAGAAUUCUUAGUAUUAGCUAAUAAUAAUGAACAUUCAUGGAAUAUUUACUGUAUGCCAAGUACUCUGUAAUCUUUUAUAUGCAUAAUCCACCAAUAGCCCUAGGAAGUAAGAACUGUUACUUCAUUAUCCCCAUUUUAUAGAACAGGAAAUUGAAGUUUAGAGAAGGUAGGUGAUUUACUCAAGUUCACAUAGCUAGUAAAUUACAGAUUGAGACCUGACACUAGGUCUUACUACAAACCAUGUACCCUUGAUCAGUGCUCCUUACAUUUGCAUAUUUUACCAUUUGCAAAGCACAUUCAUUGCAUCAUUGACAGUUUAGUGUAAUAAUCUGGGGCUAGAUUAGUUGGUGAAAUUUUUGGAUCCACAAAUUACUUUCUGUGUGACCUUGUGCAAGUUACUUAAACAUUCUGUGCCCUAAUUACCUACGUAUAAAAUGGAGAUACUUCUUACCUCAUAGGUUGUUCUAAGGAUAAAGUGAAAAAUACAUGUAAAACUCUCAGAAUAGUGCCUUGUGUGUUAACAAUAAAUGUUAGAUAUGAUUAUUGUAAGUAAUUUUAAUAGCGUAUCCAAAUGUGGAAUUUUUUAUGAACUCUAAGUUGAGAUGAAAAUGUGUGCAUUAAAAGAGAACUUUGAGAACACAUCCUAUUUUAACUGCUGCUUUUGUAUUUAAUUAGGACAAAGGUGAUAACCAACUACAUUAUUUGCUACAAAC